AUGACUACCAUGGAUUUGCGCGUCGGUAACAAGUACCGCAUUGGCCGUAAGAUCGGCAGUGGUAGUUUCGGUGACAUUUACCUGGGUACCAACAUCAUCUCCGGUGAGGAAAUCGCCAUCAAGCUUGAGAACGUCAAGGCCAAGCACCCUCAGCUCGAAUACGAAGCCCGUGUCUACAAGUCUCUCGCCGGUGGUGUCGGUAUUCCCUUCGUCCGCUGGUUCGGUACCGAAUGUGACUACAAUGCUAUGGUCAUCGAUCUCCUUGGUCCCAGUCUGGAGGACCUUUUCAACUUCUGCAACCGCAAGUUCUCCCUGAAGACCGUUCUUCUUCUCGCCGACCAGCUCAUCUCCCGCAUCGAAUACAUCCACGCCAAGUCCUUCAUUCAUCGUGAUAUCAAGCCCGACAACUUCCUGAUGGGUAUCGGUAAGCGUGGAAACCAGGUCAACGUCAUCGAUUUUGGUCUCGCAAAGAAAUACCGCGACCCCAAGACUCACUUCCACAUCCCUUACCGUGAGAACAAGAACUUGACUGGAACUGCCCGUUAUGCCAGUAUCAACACUCACUUGGGUGUUGAGCAGUCUCGCCGUGAUGACAUGGAGUCUCUCGGUUAUGUCAUGCUCUACUUCUGCCGUGGUUCUCUCCCCUGGCAGGGUCUGAAGGCUGCUACUAAGAAGCAGAAGUACGACCGCAUUAUGGAGAAGAAGAUGACCACCCCCACCGAGGUUCUGUGCCGUGGAUUCCCCAACGAAUUCGCCAUCUACCUCAACUACACCCGCUCGCUCCGCUUCGACGACAAGCCCGACUACUCCUACCUCCGCAAGAUCUUCCGUGAUCUCUUCGUUCGCGAAUCCUUCCAAUACGACUACGUCUUCGACUGGACCGUCUACAAGUACCAGAAGAACGCCGCCAUGAUCGUCGACGCCAACAAGAAGGACAAGGAUGCCGAGGAGCAGCAGCGCCGCCAGGGUGUGCCCGCUGCUCCUAUGGGAGCCGCUGGUGCCGCCAAGCCCGGUGCCAUCUCCGGCCAGCGUCGUAAGGUCAUCGACCGCGGCACUCUCGACAACGCUCCGGACGCCAACCGUGCCGUGGGAGGAAGCGACAGGAUUCUUCGGCGUUAG